AUGACACAAACCAUUGUCGUCCUUGGAGGCUCAUAUGCCGGUCUCCAGAUCGCUCACAGGCUGGUGAAGAAUACCAGGAAAUCUGUACAGGAUUUGAAGGUUAUUUUGGUGUCUAAGAACUCUCACUUUUACUGGAAUCUCGCCUCAGUGCGCGCCAUCAUCCCCGGCAUUUUGAAGGACGAGGAAUACAGCCAGCCUAUUGAGAAGGGCUUCGCCAAGUACCCCUCCGAUGCUUUCGAGUUCAUCGUAGGCACCGCUUCAGCCACUGACCUCGACGCCAAGAGCGUCACCGUUUCCACCGCGGAUGGCGGCGAGCGCGUCCUGAGCUACGACCACCUGGUCCUGGCGACGGGUACACGCACAGCCGGCGACGAGGUGGUGCCCUGGAAGGCCAACGGGUCGCACGAGGAGAUCAUGGACUCGCUGCACAAGACGGCGGAGAAGGUCGCGGCGGCGAAGCACAUCGUGGUCGCCGGCGCCGGAGCGACAGGUGUCGAGGUGGCCGGCGAGCUCGGGUUCGAGUACGGCAAGAACAAGGACAAGGAGAUCCUGCUGCUGUCGGGCGGCAGCACGGUCCUGCCCGGCGACAUCCUGGCCAGCAACGCGGAGAGCGAGCUCAAGAAGCUGGGCGUCGUCAUCAAGACGGGCGCGCGCGUCGCGGGCACCGCGGUGCUGCCGGACGGCAAGACCGAGGUGACGCUCCAGAGUGGCGAGAAGAUCCUCACGGACCUGUACCUGCCGACCAUGGGCAUGGCGGCCAACACGGAGUACCUGCCGGAGAAGGUGCUGAGGGAGGACGGCUCCAAGUUCGUGGCCAUCGACGAGUUCUACCGCGUCAAGAACGCGACCAACGUCUGGGCCGCCGGCGAUAUCGUGUGGUCGCCCCGCGGCGGAUACGUGCUCGCCGACAAGCAGGCCGCGGGCGUGUCCAAGAACGUCGACCUCGUCCUCCACGGCAAGAACCCGACGCCCGUCAAGACGCUGCCCAUCGAUGUCUUGGUCGCCGCCACGGGCAGGAGCCGCGGUGUCGGCCGUCUGGGGUCCGUCAAGGUCUUCUCCUACAUGGUCUACAUGAUCAAGGGCAAGACGCUCGGCGUACAGCAGCUACCCGGUAUCCUGAACGGAACGAAUUACUAG